AUGUGGAUCGAGAAUGUUCCUUGCGAUCUUAUCGCCAGAAUUGCAGGAAUUCAUAGAUCUUCGGUCUUUGAAAUCUGCGAUAAGCUACGAUCACUAGGUGGAUUAGACUUAUAUUUAAAUAAGUUUGAUAGAAUUGGUGGAAAUAAUGCGAUAGUUGAAAUUGACGAAAGUAAAUUCGGCAGGAGAAAAUACAACAGAGGCCACAGAGUAGAAGGCGUUUGGGUUGUGGGCGCCGUCGAAAGAAUUAACAAAAGAAUCGUGCUAAGACACGUAGAAAAAAGAGACAGCCUUACUUUAACGACGUUUUGUAAAAAAUACAUUAAAAAAGAAACGACUAUUUAUAGUGAUUGCUGGAAAGGCUAUUCAAAUCUUUCCAAGGAAUUUUUUAAACAUCAAACUGUAAACCACUCAAAACAUUUUGUUAACAGGCAAACUAACACGCAUACCAAUACUAUAGAAGGUAACUGGAGUGGAAUAAAAAGAACAAUUCCAAUAAGAAGCAGAACAUGGAAAUUAAUUGACAUAUACUUAUUAAGAUUUAUGUUAAAAAGAAACGAAGGAAGCAACAGUCUAGAGGUCUUAUUAAAAUUAUUUUAUUAA